UUUAACAGUACACAGUUUCACAACGAAGUUUCAUUUAGACAUAAAAGAGGAAGCAAGUUCAGCGUGUUGCAGUUCAGUCAGUUAUAAAACCCCCUCAUCUCCUAAGGGACUUUCUUUCUAUACUUCUGUGCUAUAGAGGAUUAGAAAUAAAACACAUGUCAUUCUAGAAGUGUAUUUAAAAAGGAAAUAAAAACAGAACAUUGCAUUUUGGGGUAGGACAGACUCACGGGAAAUUUUAAACUGGUUAGAAGACAACAAAUUUUCUGUACCUGGUCAGCUGCUGUAUCUUUGGAGGAUGCUGUCAGAAGGUUACCUUUACGGAAUCGCCUACCUUUGUGAAGACCUGGACCCUGCUCUCUACAGCAAGAGUUCGGCUGAGGAAGUGGUGUAUGAAAUGAGGUCCAUUAAUUAUUCUUCCAUGGACGAAGCACAAGGAAAAAGCCUCCUUCAGAGAUGCAGAUCUGCUGGCAAGUGCAUCUCCUCAGUCUGCUCUAGAGGUAGCAAGCACAGCAGAAGGCAGAAGGAUAAUCUCCCACAGCCUACACAGCACCCUGCGUCCGCCGGGCAGCCGUCUCCAGCUAUUCAUGUCUGCGAGGGGGUGACAAGAAAAGACACCUACCUGGUUCCAUCUUCCUGCAAAAGCAUCUGCAAGAACUACAACGAUUUGCAUAUAGCCGGGGACUACGUGGUGCCGAUUAGCUCAGUCACGACAGAUUUUACCUGUGACAGUGGCAUAGGCCCCUUCUUGGAGUCCUCAGAGAUUCCUCCCGCCAUGGAGUCCGUGAGGGUCCCCCCCUCCAGCGACACCAGCCGCAAGCCGGUCCAAGGCUACUCCUCGUGCUGGCGGCUGGCGAGCUUAGUGCCCCACCAGCAGCCCCUCUCUGACUCAGCCCUGAACGACUACCUCGAGCAGAAGCUGGUGGAACUGUACAAGCAGUACAUCAUGGAUAGCACAGCAAACAGGGCAUCCCCCACUCAGAUCCUGGCCUCGGAGCUUAUCAUGACUAAUGUAGAUCAAAUCAGCAUGCAGAUAUCACGGGAGAGGAAUAUGGAGACGACCAAGGCCAAAGACAUUGUCAUUAGCCGCUUCUUACAAAUAGCCAGUGAAAAGAUAUCUUCAGAAAUUAGCACGCCUAGUCUGCAUAUUUCCCAGUAUAGCCACACGAAUGCAUAGUAUUUGAAUGUCUGCCAUUAGAAAGCUUUUAUGUUCCGCAAAGUCAAGUUUUAGUUUCUUAAGACAUUUUUCUGCUUCAUAAAAAUGCAUCUACCACUUAAAUUAAACCUGCCAGCACAUAUUCAAUAAGUAAAAAUAUCUGUACUGUGCAGCCCCUAUUGUGGACCAGAUGAUUUAUUGUUGGCUUUUUUUUUUAAAAAAACCCAACCUUUUCUCUAAAGUCUUUAUUUUAGUGAGCCUCAGACAUUCAGAAAGUUUUGUAGAAAAAUGACUAAGAGCAUAUGACAAUCUUCCAGGUGGUCAGAUGUUCGCUGUCUCCCACACAUGCUUGACAUAUAAUUUCAACUUUCCUCUGUCUGGAGUCUGCCAUCCUACCCGUGGGUCUGUGCACAGUGAAGGUUUAUGCCUGCGCAAGCACAAGCACAGUGAUCGCAGAGCCACAGAAAUACGGAAUUUGGGAUGUCAUCUAGUUCAUCUCCCUGCCCCAAACAGCUUUACUUAUGACAUCUCUCACAGGAGUGUUUAUAAUUUGUUCUUAAAGAUGUUAAGGGAUAGACACUUUACGGUUUCUUCUGUGCUCACCCCACUUAUUUAAUUGGCAUCUUCCUGUUCGAAAGUUACCAUCCCUUUUUGCGAAGCACACACUCUGUUUCCGAACAGACUUCGUCAGCAGGAGCGUGCGUGUAUACCUGUGCGUUUUGCACUGAACUCACCUAUUACAGUGGACGCUGGUGACCUGUGAUCGCAGAGAGACACCGCCUUCGCCAGCUACCUGCAGACCUGCAGCUGUGGAGUCGUCGUGUAGGGACAGUGAUGAUAAUAAAAGGGAAAGAGGAAUUCACCUUCGUUAAGAGAACUGCACGUUGAAAAGUAAGGGCUAAUCCAAAGCCCAUUUGAUUAGUGAGAACAGUUCCUUUGAAUGCAGAAGGAAAGCUGAAACGGACCGCUCGGCAGCAUGGCUAACCCCUUCUUUUGUCAGGAUCAUUGCUGUGUGUCACAGGUCAAGGUCAUUUGAACCUGAUGGAUUUCUAAUAGGAAGGUCCUUUUCUGUAAAAUUUCACUAAGUCUUAAAAAAGAAGAAGAAAAAAAAUAGCUGCCUUGUGAGCAAGGAUGGUUACCUACUUUGAGUCAGUAUAAUGUAUAACACAUUGUCAAUGCCAAUCCAUCAUUGGUUGAAUUUCUA